AUGUCACAAACCCCUGCUAAUCCGCUAGAAUCUACCUCUACUUCUAAUACCACUACUAUUAAUAGCGCCCCUAAUAACGCUUAUAAUACUUCUGUUACUAGCGCGACUACUAAUCCUUCAACUAUUAGCACCACCUCAACUAUACAAUCUUCAAGCAACUCCAAAAAGCAACUAUAUGAACAAACUUCACAAUACCGUAACUGGCGAUUCUCCAAAAAACGACUAAAAGAUCUCCGGGAGCAAGCCAACAAAUCAGGUGUCGAAAGAGUAAAAAAGAACAUGACAGAAGAUCUGAAACUCGCCGAAACCGCCCCACCAAAAUCACAAAGCAGCAGUCCCAUACAACACUAUCAGAAUUCGCCGCUUCCUCAAUCACUCCAAAACUCGCCACUGCCUGCAUCCCUUCAAAAUUCGCCGCGCCCCUCUUACACGAACUCGCCUCGUUACGGUGGUGGUGGAGGAACGCCAGAAGACGUUCAGUUUCUGACGGCUGACGAAGAGCUGGUGAUUUGUCAGUACUAUGAAAUGAUUAUUCAGCAGAUCCCGGCGACCGGGUUCAGUGAGCAGCUGAGGGCCACGGCGAUUGUGUUUAUGAAAAGGUUUUAUUUGCGGAAUACUGUGAUGGAUUAUCAUCCAAAGAUGAUUAUGUUGGCAUCGCUGUUUCUCGCGGCGAAAUGCGAAAAUAGCACUAUUGGCCAUGAAGAAUUUCGCGCAUUGAUGAAGAAGACCUCGCGCGUGGAUUUGGCGAAGGAAACACUAUUUCAACUUGAGUUGGCAUUAUCGCAGAGCAUGAACUAUGAAUAUGCCGUGCAUCAUCCACACAAGAGUGCUUACGGCUUGUAUCUAGAUAUGCAAAGCUACUACUCAAAAGACAUUAAGAAAAUACAAAAAAUCUAUGAGAAAUCCAAAGAACACAUAAAGCAGUCGCUUUUAACCGACUUAACGUUCUUCUAUCAACCAUCACAGAUAGCAAUGGGAUGUAUGCGCUUAGCAUCUCGAUCACCCAAAAUUGCCUUCGAUUUUGAUGCUUAUAUUCGCGAAAAGUUUAGUGGUGCGCAAUCAAAACACUCAAAAGAUGUGUCCGAACAGCAACUAAAGGAUUUGUUUGAGAUACUUGAUGAUAUUGAAAAGACAAUUGAGAGCUAUACACCUGUUGAUAAGAAAAAGGCUCAAGAAUAUGAUCUUAAGCUUCGUUCUUGUAAGAAUCCGGCCAAGGAUCCUACGAGUUAUAUCUCACAGAAACGUAAAGCUAUAGAAAAAGAGGAACGUGAAGCUAAAAGAUUAAAAAAGCAGGCUGCCAAUAAAGCUUAUCAGGAAGAAUUGGAAUUAGUGUUUCUUAAUCAAGAUAAUUCUUUUAAAUCAGAACAUUGA